AUGGAGGCAACGGAUAGGAAAGAGCUUGAACACAAGCAGCUCAAAGGACGAUUGAUGGGGAAGUUAUUUGGCAAGGAAAAGAAACCAUCUUCGGCAGAGGAGGUAUCCGACUUUCUUCAUGGACCUAUCGAUAAGGCGUACACGGCAUCUUCUACUGAAGUCUCGAAUACCCCUCCUCGACCUCCUGUCCUCGACCGCAUUGAUACAUCCACUGCACGACGAUGGCCCACGGCGGCGGAAGUGAAUAAUGCUAGACGGAAUCGAUCUGCGAGUCCGAAACGGAGCAGGAAAGGGUUGGCCGUAAGGUUUGCAGAAGCACAACCAGAAGUAAUUGGCGAAGGAGGGGAUGAAUGUGCUUCGCCAACAGUGGAGAUUGCAGAAGCUCUGCGGAGUCGAGCCGCAACGAUUCCUCAGCAGAAACACAACCGCUCACAAGUGCCUGCUGAUAAACUUGGAGAUUCUGAUAUGUUUAGGCCAGGACCUUUACGACGUAUGCAGACAGGCUUCUCAACAAUAGCCGAUGAUGACUCCGCGUCAGACAUUGAACCUGCCCAGCCUUACAGAAACCAAAGGGAUGAGACGAGCUAUAAUGGUAAUGCAAAAACUGGGUCACGCAGCUCGUUCAAUGGCAAGGCGGAAGCGGCGAUGCGUGCAUCGGAGGGCAAAGCAUUGGUAAGGGCGGUCUCGGGACAUUUUAGUGAACGAGAUCUCGCGCUGGCAGCUUUGACAGCAAAUGAGAAUUCUCCCCCAGCGGAAACUCAUCAACUGAACACAAUGAAGAAUACACAAUUAGCCACCUCACCAGGAUUGCCGACGAAUUCAUUUGGGAGACCUGACACGCCCAGCGAUAGUGGGAAGUCAAAUCCCCCUGUCGCCGAGGAGAGUCCUUUAUCACUUUUAAGGAGUUUCGUUACAAACAACGCUAGUGCGCUGGGAAGUCCCCCUCCCCAAUCACGAGCCCCAACAUUUAAUCUGAAGGAUGCGGCAAUGGCUGUAGGAGAUGAUGCCCUUGACGAUUUUGCCAGGCGUACAUCACAUCUGUUCGCGUUAUUUAGACUUUCAGCCGAAUCACUGAAACCACUCACAUCGUGCUCAUUAGAAGAGCUUGUCAGAGGUGGGUUGUGGUGGUUUCUCAAAGGACGAUCCGAGCUGGAGACUAGCAUUAGAGAUCGGUCAACGACUCCGGAAGCAAAGCAGAACAAUGCAAUGGCUCGUCAGCAAGCGUAUACAAAUUUGGCCAAGGCAUAUUGGCUGAUGGAAAAGAUUGCUCCCAAAUGUCCGGAGAUGACCAAUCAAAGGAAUGCAGAUACACCGCAUAACAUCAUUGAUGCCUUGGAAUCACGUCAAGCAAUAUUAUCGGGGUUAAAAAAGUUAACAAUGUCUAUGAAGCGUAACAACAUUCUUCCGCCACUGGAUGAGGACGCACCAUUGCAUCAAGGUAAUGAUAGCCAAAUAUGGACGAGGGAUGAGGGUGACCGAUCAUUGCUAUCACUACAGCGGCCCAAUACAACGUUGACCCUAUCUGGAGCUCUUCCACUAGGUGACUCAGGCACGAGUUUUACAUAUGGACGUCACUUUGUGGAUGUCUAUCUAUUAGAGGAAGCAGCUUCACAGCAUUAUCGUUGCCCUUGUGUUCUAUCUAUUGUUCGAGCAAGUCAUGAAGAAGAUUUGAGUUUCGUAAUUACCAACCAAAGUGGCACCUUAAAGCUCAUCAUUCAGCACGACAAAACCCGCGGCCCCACGUGGAAUGAUGUGUCUUGGGUACAAAAGAACAACUCCCUCAACGUUAAGCUUCCAAGAGGCUUUGAGCUUCAGGUUAAUUGUACGCAACAGGACUUUAGGAGUCUCAGGGGCUCUUAUGACUUCCAAAACAGCGUUAGGCAAAGUCUGGCCCGACUCGACGACGAGGACAGUGUCUUUGAAAUGACCAUCAAAGCUUUUCAAUGCUUUGGCCAAGAAAAGCAAGCACAGUCAUUCCCAGCCGAAGCCGUGCCAAACUGCGAAGUGAGGUUAUUUGAGAAAAGCAUUGUCGAAAAAGCAGCUACAGGUCCCAGGAAAAUGCAUAGGGGAUUUCGACUUGCUGUUAUGACCGGAAAGAUGACGAAAAAUCUACGGGGUAUUGAUCAAGAUAUCUCACCUACGAUACCCAUUCAAUUUAGCCUUCUGCGAGGUGACAAUGGUUACCCGGCACUUCUGUUGAAGAUUGAUGGUGGAAAUUCUAGGUCCUCUAUGGUCUUGACAUUUGAAGAGGCAGAUCAGAGAGCUAGAUUGCACGCGUUGCUCACCGGCGGAGUGAUAGGACGUGAGGAGACUGUCUAUGGUGAAGCUCCCAUUCGAUCGUUUAUCAUUGAGGAACCAGGAGGCUUGGCACCGCGUCUCGGGGGUUUGGAAUGGCAAAGUGUCCGGAUAAUCAACGAAGAUGCCAUUGACAUUCAAAACACCAAGACCGUUCUUUCGGAACACCUACGAGUCAUUAUGGAUUUCAAAACAGGUACAAUCACAGAUCGAUUCAAUAUUGGACCUGGAGAGUUGAAACUUCGACUUGAUUUACACUCGACCAACGAGUUGAAGAUAUUGAGACAACCUCAGCACGACAUGACUAUAAUGGCGACUCAAGCACAAGCAGCCAAUCAGCCUCCGAAGGAAUUCGCUGAAGUUCUGGGAACGAUUGCGAGAGCUGAAACGACCCGCACUUAUGUAUUUCCCAGCUUAAGAGAGCUUCAUCUUUUUCAAGCAGCAUUGACAGGAUUUAAUGUUGUUUUUGAUGGCAGGGCAUCAUCCUUCAGCAUUUCGAGACGAAGAAUGGUUGUACCUAUUUAUAAAAAAUGGGAUGCUGCCAUAACUAGACUGCAAUUGGUUCAAAAAGAAAAAGUCAUACAACUACUUGCCUUUUUUGAAAAUUUCAGUCACGGGGACUGUAUGGGCUUCACUUUGAAAUCUACGGAUACGUUUGAGACCUCAAGCAAGAGUGGAAAGUUUUCCUUACGCAUUGUUGAUGCGAAGUUUUCUAUGCCAAAGCCUCGUGGUGACGGACAAGCAGCUUUGGAUAGUGGUUUCGUCAAUUUAGAUAUGCCUGAUUACCCCGGCGAGCAUGAUGAUAUCACAAUAAUAUUUGAAACAGAAGCAGAACGCGAUGCAUUUACUAAAUCAUUACCGGCACCUGUAAAGGUAGCUUCACGAAUUGGAUCAGUGAGGAGAUAA